AUGCCCUGGUCGCAUCGGGCGACGAGAGGAUUGCCAGCUGCUGCCAGGGGUUGGCCACUGCGAAUACUCAAAAGUGCUUUUGAGAAUUCUCAAAAGCCCCCUACAAUCUCGUAUCCACCCACUCUUCCUUCUCUCCCCCUCCCCGCUACGCUCCCUUCCACUGCAGUGGUCGCAACGGACGAUGAGAGAAUUGCCAGCUGCUGCCAGGGGUUCGGCGCUGAGGUCAUCAUGACGUCAGCAGCUUGCGGCAAUGGUUCGGAGCGGUGUGCCGAGGCAGUGGAGUCUCUCAAGGGGCAGUGGGACGUGGUGGUGAACAUUCAAGGCGACGAGCCACUCAUCGACCCGGCUACCAUAGAUGCCGUUGUGAUUGCAUUGCAGGAAGCACCCGAGGCGGUGGCAGCGACAGCAGUGGCAGACAUAAAAGCAUCGGCAGCACCAGACCCGAACCGAGUCAAGUGUGUUGUGGACAGCAGAGGCUUUGCACUCUACUUCUCACGGGCGCUCAUUCCCCACAACAGGGACGGAGUGCCUCAUCCCGGCUUCCCAUACAUGCUGCACCUGGGCCUACAGGCAUAUGAUGCGGCCUUCCUAGCACAGUACAGGGCGAGUGAGCCGGGGAGGCUGGAGGAGGAGGAGCAGCUGGAGCAGCUGCGGAUACUGGAGCAGGGAUGCAAGGUUAAGGUGGUGAAGGUGGCGCAUUCAGCGCACGGGGUGGACGUGCCUGCUGACGUCAAGAGGAUCGAAGACCUGCUGCUGAGAGGCGGGCGAUGA